UUACAUAGCGCUGGGGAGCCAAAAGCAUUGCAUUGUAGAACUCAAAAUCUCGGGCGAGUAGCAAACAAAAGACAUUUUUUUUUAAAGGAGGGGGGAUAGACGAGGGUUGGGAUGCGGAAAGCGAGAGCCUAGGAGCUGUCUACCACAUACAUACGCACCAACCUCUCUUUCGUUCGCUGAACAAGGGUUGCAGCCUGUCAAAUCAGUUGGGGCGAGUGGCGCUCCCCACGAAUAAUAAGAGACAGGGGAGGAACACCACCGAUUUCUCGAUUUUACCGCUAAGAGAGAAGGGGAGGGGAUCGGGGAGAGAAAUUGCUGGUAGUGGGUCACGGUUUUAACACUGAAUAAUAAUAAAAAGAAACGUAUCAAUUCCCAACAAUUACGCAAUCUCAAGAAAACAGACGCAGUUAAAUUAUAAGACCAGAGAGGUGAAAAGCAUGGAGAUGUCUGAGGCGUUGUCACAGCAGGAGAGACUCCAGGCUAUAGCGGAGAAAAGGAAGAGGCAGACAGAGAUUGAGAACAAGCGGAGGCAGCUGGAAGAUGACCGCAGACAGCUCCAGCAUCUCAAGUCAAAGGCUUUGCGGGAACGAUGGCUGCUGGACGGAGCACCCUCUGCUGGCCCGGAGGAGGAUGAAGCAAAGAAACAGCUUCAGGAGGAUGAGGCCAAGACCAAGGGUCUGGAGGAGUCUAUUCUCAGACUGGAGCAGGAGCUGGAGGAGCUGGAGACAGGUGUGUCAGCGACCUCCACCAAAGAGAACUUGACAGAUGCAGCCAAGGAGGAUGACGCCAAGAGAGGAGACAACAAAAAUCCUGCUGCCUCUGUGAAAGUGGUUAAAGUUCACAACAGCCCUCGUCAGGACAAGUCCGGAGGUGCCUCAGAUAUGAUGAAGACAGCGAUGUACUCAGUAGAGAUCACCAUUGAAAGGGACAGACUCACAGGCGAGACAAAAGUGUUGUCCACCAACACACUGCUGCCCAAAGACCUCUCUUACCAAGGGGUUAAGGUAUAUGAGGAUGACAAAAAAGUUGUGCACGAGGUUCGUGGAGCCGACGGCACCAUAGAGAACGGGGUCCACCUGCUGAGCUCCUCGGAGGUGGAAGAGCUCAUUCACAAAGCUGACGAGGUCACCAUAGGUGAGGGCGGGGGCACCCCAAAAGCAGCCGGGAAUGCCUCGGAGACCCCCAAGAAGGAGAUCACGGGCAUGGAAGCGAAGCCGGCCGGCGCCCAGGCCGCCGUGGGCGAUGCGAGUGCCGAGCACCCCGUCACCAUGGUGUUCAUGGGCUACGAGAACGUGGACGACGAGGCGGAGACCAAGAAGGUGCUGGGGCUGGAGGGCACGGUGAAGGCCGAGCUGGUGGUCAUCGAAGACGGGGAGAGCAAAGGGGGCACAGAGGGGGCCAAGAACGACCAGGCCCCUCCCAACGGCAGUGCGGCCGACCCAAUCAAGGCCCAGGAAGGGGCGGGGGAGAAAGGGGAGCCUGACGGCGGCGCGGCGGAGCUCAACACCAAGGAGAAACAGCCCUGCAAGUGCUGCUCCGUCAUGUGAUCACCUGCUCCCCGGGGACUUGACUUUUCAAGGAAAAAUGAAAAACAGCAACAAAUGAACUUACCAACGACUACAAGAAAAAUGUUCUGUAUCUUUUGAGCAGCAGUUGUUCCCCAGUUUCUUUUGAUUUUUGUAUUUUUAAUCUUUGUUUUUUUGUUUUUUUUUCCUUUUUUAUUAUUUCUCUCUGUGUUAUGCAUCUGGAGUGUACCAUUGUCUCCACUAAAACAAGCUGUCAAAGGUGAUCGGUGCCUCUAUAUUACACUUUUACCUUUGAGAUUUGACAACAGAGAGGGACUACAACCCUCCCACCCAGAGCUUAAGUUGUUCAAGCGCUGUCCAAUAAAUAUUUUUUUAAAUGACAUCUCUUAUACACUGUCAUAAAUUUUAUAGUCUUAUCUUACCGUAUGAAGGACACAUAUAUCUCUAUGUAUAUCUCUCUAUAUAAAUUAUGUAUUUUAAAGAUAUAUUUAUUUGUUUUGUUUUUGUUUUUUUGGGUUUUUUGCUUUUAUUUUGAGAAAAGUCCUGGUUGCUGUGUGCUGUAACAUUGGAUUCAGUGCACUAUAUACCAUGCUAAUACAUUUUAUUUUUCAGAAAAGUCAUAAUGAAGUUAACCAGCGGGAACAAAGAAAAUGUAUAAUUUCAGUGACUGCAUUGAUAUAUUUAUGACUGAUAAUGCUGUGAGAGUAUUUGUUUGGUUUUUGUUUUCCAGAAAGAAAGAACAAUAAUUACUACAUUUCACGCAUACUCCAUAAGAGGGAAGAUCAUUGAAGUGGGAUGUCGCAGAUGGGAAACUGUGUUUUGGUGUCUUGUAACAGCUACUUGUUAUGUGUGCUAAGACACAGAUUUCCCUCUAAUGUCAUCAGAAUGGCCAUUGGAGACCUUAAAAGAUUCUAUCUCCUAUGCGCUGAGUGCUUUUUACAGGCUUUCAUGCUGUUAGUACUGUAAAAUAUUCUGAAAUCUACAGCUUUGUGGCCUCCUCACGCUGUCGUGUGACUCUCAAACACAAACAUUUCUUUCUGGAACAAAAAAAAAAAAAAACAAGUUAUUUGUCCUUUUGUCCGCAUUCUCCUGCAACCAAAUCAGAAAUAGCCACCCAUCUCAAUAUUAACGAUAGUAAUGACAGUGAUUGAAUAUCAGUACUGAAUUGAAUGGUGUUUCAUACUGAAGCCUGAGACUGGAAAUAAAUGCCAUUGUGUAAGCAGUGAUGUCCAUCUGGUUCACUCCAUUCAGCUUGAUUUCUCAGACUAAUCAGGAUCCGUUGAAAAUAGCCGGAUAGCGCUUGACGCCUUUGCAUUUGAAAAUCAACAGCCUGUGUUAAAAGUAGAUAAUCGAGAGAAUAUGUCAGUGUCAAGUAUGCCUUUGAUUAAUUUGAAGCUCAAAGCAGUUUGUGUUAAACUUGAUGGCAAUGGAAAGUUACGAGUUGUUGAUGCUGAUCUUAUUUAGUGCUACAGUUGUGUGCCUGCGUGUGUGUGGUUGACUGAAGCAUUUUCUAAUGCAUGAAAGAGGGGGUACAUACUGAGUGUGUGUACUUUUCCAUCUAUCCCCAUUAAGGUCAUGACACACUAUCUCAACUAAACUUUCUCAGAACUUCUAUGCCAGGCUUUUUGUUCCCUUGUUAAGGCCUCGGUACCCUCCUCACAUGUUAAUGACAACAAACGGGUCAUAGAAUAACUGCCUGUGCGUCUGUGUCGAUGAUGGAUUUCGGUGUGUAUCUUUGACCAUGUAAGACCUGAAGCAAAAGCAGGGAUAUGAAAUCUCUUCACAUUCCAGAAAGUUGUCUGAAGAGUCUUUUACCAAGUGGUCAGUUUUGCUUCAGUGUUCAUGUUGCUACAACUUUUUUGGACAUGGUAGCUGUUUGGCUGUGUGGCUAACUUUGAAUGAUUAUGUUUCAUUCAUCAUUCUAUUAUUUUUUUAUUUGCUACAUUAUGAGUGGUAGGAGCUAGCAUUUAUUCUGGAGGCAAAUUAGGAGCAAAAUGUCUGUCUGAGCUGAAAGGUCAUGUGAUUAUUGCCGUCUGUGUUUUAUUGGUGAGGUGAUGCGGAAUCACUUGUUGGGAAAACCAGCUCAGUUUGGCCAAGGUGCUCUGAUGUUACAAAAGGCCCAUACUUAAAAGCAAAAUAAACAUUUUGUUUGAAAAGUUGGCAGAAUACUGGAUGGUCUGGAUUAAAAUCUUAAACCAGUUGUAUGACAUCACAGGUGUGUGGUAGAGUCUGUUUCAAAAGAUAAUUUUUUAAAACAUUGUUUAGCUCAUAUUUGGAUAAGUAUGAAAAUAGCACUUAGGGUGUAUUGUUUCAUUGUCCAUAUGACAGGUACAUAUUUAUAAUGUAUUAACUCAGAAAUGAGAUCAUUUCAAUUCAAAACACUUGGCCUACCAAGAUGAACUUGAUUAAACUAAUGUGCAUUAAAGUACAGUAAGGGUGAAGUGAUAAAAAGAUGGUUGACAAUAUCAUACACCAAAUACUUUGGUUAAGACUGGUGUCAGUGUAAAACAGACGCCUUUUUUCCAAUGCCAUGUGCAAAAGGUGUGGAAAUAUACAUGGAACAGCCAACACACUAACUUCAACAGCCCGAGGUAUUGAUUUAAUUCUCCUCUGUCCCUGCUGGUGACUGCUGAGUUCUACUAAGUAAUAUUCCCACACUUUUCUAUCCACACCUAUGCAAAAAUUUACAAGCAUGCAAGCUCACUCUUCAUUUUGUCACUAGCCUGGUCAUUCAUUUCCAUCUCUGAAAGUGGAUACAAAACAAAAAUACGGCACACGCACAUCGCUCAAAAUCCCUGAUGUUAACAAUGCACUGUAUGUGUUACAAGGACAGUGUUUUAAGCAUUGCUUGACAAGUAUACCACCUUUUCCAUGCUGUACUGUACAUAAACACGUGUCAUUAAAUUCAGCUUCUGUGAAUUAUCAUUUUCAAAUAAAACUAACAGUACUGUAUACAUGUAUCAUAAGCAAGCUAAGUAAAAUAAAUAUUUGACUUUCUAAAAUGUGGCAUAGUUCCACAUUUGCAUUGACAGGACUUGUAUUAAUCCCAUUUCUCUUGGUGUUAGUGGGCACAGGUGGGGUUUGCUGGCUCCGUGUAAUUAAGUUCUUUUUGCUUAACGACCCGUUGUCAGACGAGGAACUGAAAGUAUGCUGGUCAAAUGCAUAUUCUGCAGAAAGCAUAGAACUGGAAUUGUCAUCUUUCUGAGGACUUUGCUGUUUGUUCUCAUUGGGGUGCUAACUGAUUGAGAUAAUCAGAGAUUGAGAUCCCUUGGUUAGGAACUGGAAUGCCUCUUGUUUGCAGCUCUGCUGUCCUACCUUCCAGAAACUUCCAGAAACUCAGAUCUGAGAUAUUAUUUUUGUGAAGCUUCUAUCAUAUAAUGAAAGCAAGUCAACUCCAUUAACUAAGCAUGGGGAACCAUCAGAAACAUAACAGAUCUGGACAAAAUGCUUGACAAAUUAUGCCUUUAAAGAGCAAAUUUUCAUCAGUGCAGAACUUGGAGUGUGGAGUGUGAAAGGGUGCUUCAUGGAAUUACGUGUGCCCUUUAACCCAGAGCCCAAUGACACAACUUUGUCCCGAACAUUAAACUGUACUUAGUGUGGUCCAUUUAAUAUGCUGGAGCAUGGAGUUACUGUCGUAGUCGUCAUGGCUGCGAUGGCUUUACUCGGGGGAGAGCGAAAGUAGGAUAGCAGUAGCUGUGAUAGCUGUGGUGCAGUAAAUCAAGUGUUCUAACUCGCAUAUUAAUGAGCCAUUCUGCUCAAGAGGCAGUAGGGUUCUCCAUCAGCGUUGGGAUUGGUGUAGCCAUGGUGGAGCUGGUCUGGCUGCCGAUCUGGUGUUCGCUGCCACCCAUUGCACUGUCAUCGCCAUAGUUACCUCAGACCUCCACUCUACAACGCCCACUCUGUACUAACAUUCCAGUUCUGAUGUGUUACACACCCCCAAUGCCUUGUGGUCUGGUUCAGGCCAGGCCUCUUUUGUAAAUGUGCAUGCUUUUUAUAUUAUAAGUAUAUAUCUAUACAAAUAACUGUUCUUGUGGAAAAAAAUGUCUCCUUCUCUUACUGUAGUGGAGUCCUCCAUUCUCCCUCUUUCAGUCACUGCUUGGUGAAAGUUGAGCAGUGGCACAGUGCCACUGCUGCUGGUCCUAUUGCUCUGUUAGUUGUGAAGGUUUUCUCUCUUCUGACUGGAAAGUGAUGUAGAAAGUGUUUGAGAUGAAAAAUAAAAUGUGAUGUGCACC